GUCACUUGGGUAGACGCGGCUAGCGUCUGUCGACACUCCACAUCGUACGUGGGGUCAGAAGUGGCCGCUGUUCGCUCUCUCUAAUGGCGAACAAGCCGGACGCUGUGUUUGCCGGGGUACCCAGACUCCAAAACCAUCGAGCUUCGACUUCGCCGACCCAAAUGCAUGAUCUACCUGAUUGAGCAUUUCGAGGACUAUGCCUACGCUACCGGAUUGCACCGAGCUACCGACGAGAACCGGCCUUCUCGACGUACGGCCGUUUUGGAACCAGUGCCCAGUGGCCAACACAAAGAUUUCAUCUCGAGUGCAAGAUUUAGCAUCGUGUUACGCCUCUUAAGAAACGCGCUUGCCCGUCCCCGUCGAGAAUUUUCAAAAGAGCACGACCCUUGCGGAGCAAGAGGCAAGGGAAUCUUCAGGGCAGUGAAGAAAGCCAUUCAACUAUGGUGCAACAUUCUCCCUGCACGAAGCUUAUCGGUGCCAAUCAACGUGACGCUUGUGAAAGGAUACUUGAACUCUUGGACGGCGCCUACCGCUUCGCCCUGACCGAGGCAAAAGCCGAGCCGACGGACGUCGCCCACAGCGAGCACGCUGUCCACACAGCGGCGUUAAGUUCUGACACGGAUGAGCGUGCCCCGGAUGAAUAUCGUCAGAAAGAGCGCAUGGACUACGUGCGCAAACGCUGGCUCGCGAACUGCCUCACCCUGGCGUCCGAAGUUGUCCUUCGAUUUGAUGCGUGCAGCGAGAACUUACGUGAGGGGUGCUGCGCGAACGGCAUCGUGGGAACUCCGGGGCUAUGGCGCAUGCUGUGCCAGAGGCCCUUGAACAAGCUGGGCUGCUCGCUUUACGAGGACCGCCGCUGCGAGUCUCGGCUGGAGAAAGAUGUCUUUGUAGACAUCAGCAAUAAUUGCCAGCUAGUGACUCAUAAGCUCGAGAUCACGUACAUGGAGGCGGCAGGUAUAACGCUGACAGCCGGCUUCUGGUACUGCACCUUAAAUGGUUCCAUCGACCUGCAGCCUGUGCACGUUCACGCCAUGCGUCAGGCUACCGUAAGAGUGCCGGUGCGAGACGCCAGUAUGAUGGGCAAUACGCCCAAGAACGGUUUGCGCAUCUUCCGGUACAGUUGCGAACAGGUACCUCCUACCACAGGCCGCCUUUGCCGCGAUUGCUCGUACAACUACGUCCGUCUCGAGAACCUGCUGGAGCAGACAGCGUUGCUUCAGAGUGUGUGCCAUGCUGCCGUGACCCUCCAAGCCUACCCGGAAGCCGUCUGCCGCUUCCCAAGAGCCACUACGCACAAGGAGUGCCGGUAUGACGUCAGAUCACGUUCACUAGUUCUGCUGCCGUCACCACAGUACAUCCGUUUCCAGCGACCCCCGUGCGUGGCCGGCGACUGCCUGAAAUUCACGCCCAAAUUCCUGCGUAUGUGCCUCGCCAACAUCUCCGAGCUCAAUCUGACAACUAGCCAUUUCUUGUUCGGCUGCGACUUCUGCUUCGGCGACGGCGCGGUGCUGCCCGAGCUGAGCUUGCUGGCGCUUCCAAGGUGCGCCAUCAUUAUUUGGGAAGGCUUGCUCCAAUGGCUCGCGCGUGGCUACCGGUUCCGCGUCGAGCUGGGAAUCGGGAAUGGCGACGUUGUUCCCUGCACCGCCUGCAAACUGCCGCCGAUGUUCACAGAGCGCGACUUCGAGUGGCAACUCUGGGAGACGAGGCUAUGGCGGCUGGGCGUCGGCGAGACGGCGAGGAUAAUGUCGGUUACAUUUCUCCUAGGCCGCCUUGUGACCGACCUUCGCUUUAACGUGGGCAGUUUGGCGAGUGACGCAGCCUCUGUUUCCUGCUGUGGGCCCUGUCAUCCCCUCUGCGCCAAUCCCGGGCUCCAUGUUAACCAUUGAGCAACUUCGGUUUGCGUUUGGCCAUAAGUCGGAUAAGUGAUUCACAAUGGCUCACCUUCCGGCGGUUCUACCCUCAUCGGCGCCCUUUCACGUACUCCAUAUUAGGAAAAAUAUAUAUAUAUAUAAUGAAACAUUUGACGGUGUUUCCACACUGGCUGAAACUGAGCUGACAGAAGUGGUCGACUGCGAUCGGGCUGUCGAGAGGGUAGCGUUCACUUCUGACACGGAUGAGUGGACACUGAAUGAAUAUCGUUUGAAGUUCAGAGUGCAGCAACGUUGUGUGACGUUACUGUGUUCUUUAGUCUAUUCCCUGCAGUCUUCUCAUCAACGCAAUAAAUAUUUUUCGCUCGUC